AUGACUAAUGUUCAAAGAUUAGAACUAGAAUUAAAAGUUCAUCAGCAUAAUUUAGACCAUCCCAAACAAGAAUUAGAAGAAUUUGAAAAACAAUGCUUAUUAAACAAAAUUAGAAUUUGGGAAAGAAAAAUUGGUAGUUGCAAAGAUGAUUUAGCCAAAGCCGAAGAGGCUUAUGAAAAUGAAAAAAGAGAACUUUGCCAGCGUUUGGCUUAUGAAAAAGAAGAUAUACCAGCACCUUUUCUAAGAAAUCCCGAAGAAAGAAUUGACCCAAUUACUAGAAAAUUAGUAGUUAAUCACAAAGAUUAUUCAAAAUGA